UGUUAGUUGCGUAUUCCCGUCAUCGUCAAAAUUGGAAGCAGCAUGGCGGACAGCAACGAGCAUUCGGGUAUGAUCGCCCAAUUUUGUGGCGUUACCGGCGCCGACAGCUCGCGGGCCAAGCUUUUCCUCGAGUCGGCGGCCUGGAACCUUCAGCUGGCGCUUGCAUCAUUCUAUGAAGAUCCUGACGACGGCAGGGACCACCAGAGCUCUCCAGAGCUGCCACCUGAGCGGCCCAAAAGUCCUGUUCCGGCCAGCAAGCCACCGUCCAGACCACCGGCCAGGAUUCGGGGCCUAGCAGAUCUGAAUAACGAUGACAGCGCCAAUGAAGAAGAGGGCCAGGCGUUCUACGCGGGUGGCUCGGAGCACAGUGGCCAACAGGUGCUUGGGCCUGGCAAGAAACCGGACAAGGAGCACUUCGUGGCCGAGAUGUUCAAGGCGGCGAAGAUGCAUGGUGCCCAGGUGGUGGAUCCAUCAAUGGACGACGGGUUCACGUCUGGACCGGGGCGAGGUGCCAGCGCGUUCCAAGGCGUCGGUCACCGGCUGGGCGACACCCCGACGAGCAGCAGUGAGCCCGUGGCCGCGACGGGGGUGUUGCGCCGCCCCCCGUCAGUCUCGCGGGUGUUGAAGAUGUGGCAGGACGGCUUCAGCAUUGACGACGGGCCGCUGCACGCCUAUGACGACCCAGGCAGCCAGGUGUUUCUGCAAGCCAUUCGUCGAGGGGAGAUCCCAAGAGAGCUGCUGCAGGAAGCAAGUGGUGCAGAGGUGAACCUUAACAUGGAAGACCAUCGGCUUGAACAGUACGUGGGGCCCCCACGACCCAAGGUGACGGCCUUCGAGGGCGCGGGACACCGGCUUGGCACUAUGACCCCAACACUGACUCGGCCAGCAAAUUCAAACUUGCCUCCGGAACAAGCGGAGGCGAAUGCGAAGGCGGGGAUCGGCCUCGACGAAUCCAAGCCCACGACCAACAUCCAGAUUCGUCUAUCAGAUGGCUCGAGGCUGGUGGCCCUCAUGAACCACACCCACACUGUCGGAGACAUAUUCAAGUACAUCGUGGUCGCUCGGCCCGAGUACGAAGCAGCCACCUUCCUGCUGCUGACAACGUUCCCGCACAAGGAACUAACGGAUGAGAACGCUACGCUGAAAGACGCAAACCUGCUCAACGCAGUCAUCGUGCAGCGCUUGAAGUGACGGCCGAGUCCGGUGUCGCAAAUUCAAGCAUAUGUACAGCUAGGCUUCAGGUCACCGCACGGUGGCCACGAGGAAGACAACAAAGAUUGAAAGUUUGGCCCAGGCAACCACCGGCUUUUGGUUGCCUUAUUAAAGGUCGCGUUUCUACAUGUUUCUAAACUCGUUGCUACGUUUGAGCAGAAGUUGACUUCUGUAAUGUACAAUAAAGACAAGGUUUCAUUUGUGUUUCUGAAA